AGAACCUUCUCUGUGCAGCAGUUUGUAAACAACAGAGUUUGUGGUGAAGGAAGGCGACCGCAUCUCAAUGCCAUGAGGCCCCGCUGCUUCCCUCUGGCUCUGUUCGCCUGCUUUCUGUGCCUGGGGCAGAGCUACACACUGAGAAGCUCCGUGUCGUGGGUGGUGUCCUCCAACGACGUGGACGAUGCGGACCUGUCGGAGGAAGUCGCCCCGGCGUUGCUGGUGGACGGAGCGGGGCUGUGGAAAGCCAACGUCCUCGGGGACGGCAUAGAGACCCCCAGAGAACAGGCCAAGGCCGAAGGCGACGCCGCCGCGCGGCAGUCCUCUCGGCUGUUUUCCUACAGAAUAGAGAAGCUGAAGGCUGGCAGCAGCGGCGCUCCUCCUCCUCACCAGGAGACCGCUAGAACGGCCAGAUACAUCGCUCAUUACAGCGACUGGGGACAUUUAGCCACAAUUUCAACUCUAGACAAGAUCAAAGGCCUACCGUUUGGAAAUAUCUUUUCUGUCAGCGACGGGCCUCUGGACAACAGCACAGGAGUCAUCUACUUUUAUGUGACUCCUAUGGACAACACGGUGGCAGACCUGAAAAGUAACCCGUAUGCUUCUCUCACCUUCUCAGAGGCAGAGGGAGAAUUCUGCAGGCAGAUGAUGUAUGAUCCAGAGGAUCCCAGGUGUGCUCGUCUGACACUGACUGGCAAAAUGGUGGAAGUUCUCCCAGAAGAGCUCGCUUUUGCAAAGGAGGCAAUGUUCUCAAGACAUCCUGUGAUGGCCAAGUGGCCUGUGGGACACAAGUGGUUUUUCAUGAAGAUGGAUCUGGUUCAGGUCUGGCUGCAGGACUGGGUCGGUGGAGUGUCCCUCGUUCCAGUGGAGGACUAUUUCAAAGCUACACCCUUCUAAAGUUCACUCUUGCCUUACAUCAUCCAUCUGAACAUGCCGAGCAUUUCUGGGUUUGCCUCACAAGCAAGAAGAGUUCAUAAAGCAGAUGAAGCAAAGAAAACUUCUCUCGCAUGUUUAUAUACAUCCAAAAUGAUGGCGAAAUCAGUAUAAAUACACACUACAUUGAGAGAGGAGGAGGAUCCUUGUUAGGAUGGUGCCUGAUGAUGCAUGAAUGUAUUCAUAUUUAAUAAGCAUUAAAAAUGAACUAUCACAUGUAAUUGACAUUUUCUGAAAAAUGAGUUUACAACUAUAUUAAAAUUAAACAGACAAAGUGAGAAAGACUG